GGCCACUGCUAGUGCACGAGGCUCUGCUCCUGUUCGCGGCUGUCUUUUAAUCAGCCCGUUCAUCAUGAACGGCCAUCAUUGGCAGCAGCAAGCUGGUCACGACGCCCGCAGUCAGCUCUCGCCAGAUCCUGUAGCACAUGGCCAUGCUCCCAACUCGACCUACGAAGCUCACAGGCUCUUUGCCGCGUACCCGACGGCUUCUGCGACGCCUUCGACGCACGUGGCAAGACACAUGAAUCAUUUAUCUGUGUCCGCAUCCAACCCCACCUACUUGCAACGGACCUAUCUCGAAUAUAACUCUGGGUCUCAACACCAACCAGCUCCUGCCCCUUCCCCGCUCUCAGAGUACUCUCAUGAGCUCUCCUACCUUUCGGCUACUUCAAUGCCCACAGGUGAUUCGCGUUACUGGCACAAUACAAGGGACGACUCCGUGAGGUUAUUGUCCCAAGGCGGCUCACACAGAUUCGCUUCUUCUCAGUUUGCAUCUCCGUGGCUACAAUCUCAGCCUCAGUCAACGUACCAUCCUCUUCCGUUUACUCAGUCGUUGAUUCAACGCAUGAACCCUCCUGCCGCAUACCCUACCCCACCUCCGCCUGGCAUUCGAAGCACGUCGUCUUCUCUUGCAUUCGCAUUAGGACAUCCACUCACGUAUCCUAACCAACCCAAACCACCCACCGAACACGUUCAUCGGCGUAAAGAGCCUGUUGCAGCAUUUAAUAAUUUUAUUGCUCAGAAGAAUCGAGACAUAGAGAUGAAACCAGCUGAACGUGACAUGAAAGGAGACGAACCACAACAUUCUACCCAACCUCUAUCUCAGCCUGUGGCCCCUCGGUCUGUGCAAUCCAACUCCCAUUUAAUCGUACAGUCAGCCCUUCGAUCCCCGCCAAUUCACGUUCCCCCGAGCACCGCUGCAUCCACACAGCUAACCCCGCGCUCUACUGCUCACCUUCCUCGCCUUCCCAUCCCGUUGGCACCUGCAGAAAACAGCGUAACUCCACAGAAGCGAAAACAUGCUGGUGAAGACAAAGGUUCUCCGCUGAAGCGCGUACACACUGUACCGCCAGAACGUCAGGAAGAGUUGAACAUUCAAUUUCACUCCUUACAAACUAGUACUCCCUCAUCGAGAACUACACCGCGUCAGGUAAUGGCGUAUGUAGAAGUACCUCCUUUACCAAGCGUAUGGAGGACUCCUUCUAAGAAGUGGCCUCUGCCAACGUCCAUGUCAACCCCUGCGGAUAAUUUUGAUGCAUCGGGGUCUGAAGAGGAUGAUGCCCGAUACAAGUUUGGUAUCCACGCCAGUGCGAAGUUGUCUGCUCGCCGUACAGGUGAUAGAGAUGAACGAGCACCUCUCGAAAAGCUUUCCGCGCUUAUUGAGGACAUAUUCGAAGCUGAAGACUCGCUCGCCGUGGACAUCGACGUGUCGGAGCUUCCGAAAGACUUUUUUUCUGCACUCACCAUAGAUUGCUCCCAACCACACUUGCAAGCCAAUGUGAUCAAGAAACUGACGAAACAUCUCAGUCAGCUCGCUCGACCUACAAAACGGUCUAGACGGUCUGCCCGCGAUAGCAUAGACACCUCGAGAGCGAGGAAGGCGCUAGGCGACAUUGACAACACUAUCCUUGCAAGACUACUAAAAAUUCUGGAACGCAGUAUCAAAGCUGGAGAAGCUCUUGAUCCCUUGCGUGCCUCUGCACAUGUCCCUCAAGCAGAUAAAAAUCCAUCGCCACGAAAACUGAAGAAGAGUCCAAGAGCGCAAAGAGUGGUCCAUCAAGAUCGGGAUGCCACAGGUCCUGCAUCACUGAACGUUCCAGAGGAAGAUAUACACGAGUUAGAGGUAGACAGUGCUGACAUGCCUCAAGAGCUGACAGAAGCGCAUCUCCACGAUUUGUCAAAACAACUAGAAGUUGCGCGCGAUAGUAUCUUCGCGGUGGAAUGUUGUGUUGCGUUAUUAAGCGGAGAAGGCCUGACUAAACAGCUUUACUCCGAGGAGCUCAUAACUGCUUGUCUGAGUACAGUCAAGAACCAGCUAACGAUGAUUCUAUUCCCAUUUGUCGAGGCUGCAGGCGUCGGUGGAUCGUCAUCACCACAACUGCAAUGCAUUCACAGCAACACUCAUGCACAUUCUGGUGAUCUUCGAAGGUUGCUCAGCGAACUUUUCCAGGCGGUCUCGGCUGUACUUCCGCGCAUCAACGUGUUAUUUUCUGGUGAAAACAUUGUGAUGUCAGACUCAAUCAUCAUUCAGACUGUGUAUAUCGCAAUCGGGCCGUUCUUUGUAGUGGAAUCAGGCGAAGGAGAUGUCAAGAGUAAGAAAGAUAAUGUUGUAUUGAAUACACUUGGCAAUAGCGCUAUGAGAGGUCUUCGGUUGGACGCACUCUCAGUCAUUCGAAGUAUCUUUGCCAAUCAUGAGGAACAACGAUCGUGGAUCAUAGAAGAAAUUCUGUCGUCACUCAUCAAGCUCUCUAACAGUCAUAAGAAGGCUGGACAGUUCCGCUUACGCGAUGGUCGUUCAAUUCGAACAGUCUCCGCACUUCUGUUCCAGCUCGUACAAACGUCUGCCCAUGAUGUCCGUGUUGCAGCGCGCAAGAUUGCCAAACGUCGCCAGAGUCGCCAAGCUCUUCGUCGACAGGAUAGCGUGACCAACGAGAAGUCGGCUGAACCUUUCAUGGACGAAUUAGACGCGGAGGAGAUACAGCUUUAUAUCACGGGGUUAGAGUCCGCAAUGAAUGCUGCAAAAACAAUAGUCGUGUAUUUGACACAGAGAUCUGGAAAAGGGAAAUUGACCAAGAAUUCCAACGAAGCCGAAUACCGAACCAUUUUUGACAACCUUAUUUCCGACCUUCUUGUUGUCUUGUAUUGGCCAGAAUGGCCAGCUGCAAGUUUCCUACUCAGCAUUAUUUGUAAAUUCAUGGUUUCUUCUCUAGACGACGUGAAAACGAGUACUCAAACGGAUACAAACGCCGCAAGAAGCAUUGCGCUCGAUCACCUCGGUGUCAUUGCCGCACGGAUACGCUCAAGCUCUUUGAAGGUAAAGGUACACGACCAUGACAAGCACGGUCUCCACUCUCUUGAUGAGGUCAUUUCUUCCGGCGAAGUCAAACACUUGGACAUGCUCAUAUCUCGACACCAGUCAAUAUUUUCGCAUCUUUAUAAAAGAGCUUCUGAAGAUCAGGCGUAUGACAGUGCCAAUGAUCUGACGGCAGCUACUUGGGGCCAAGAAUUGGCAGUUGCACUCAAACAACUUAGCAGCUUAGUGCAGGAGGGGGGCGAUAGUCUACAGUCCAAGCUUUACGCUAAGCUGAAGUCCGCCCUCAGAGAGGUUUGGAAGGAUAUGUCAAAUGAUGUUUUUGAUGUCGGCUCGCAGGAGGAAGCAAAUAAGGUUGAUCGUUACGCCGAAGAGAUUGGAACUAUUCAGACACUAAGGAAUUCCUUCGGGCCAAUUCUUAAUGUCGUCCUGCUUGCACUUGAUGCUCCCGCUGUUUUCAUGCGUACAAAAGCAUUACGAGCACUCGGGCAAAUUGUAAACAGUGAUUCCAGCAUAUUGGCAGCACCAAAUGUCCGUCGAGCGAUCGAAAGUCAUUUGCUUGACAGUUCCCCGGCUGUGCGUGACGCCGCUGUAGAACUAAUUGGGAAGUACAUGAUAGAAUCGCCGGAGGUUGUUGGGGACUAUUACAUGAAAAUUGCCGACCGUAUCGCAGAUACGGGACUUGGAGUUCGGAAACGUGUGAUCAAACUCCUCAAACAAUGUUACGCCAGCACAGAGGAUCUUUAUCGACGCAUAGAUAUCGCGACAAAGUUAGUCCUCCGCAUGUUGGAUGAGGAUGAUACAGUGAAGGAUUUGGCGAUCAAGACAGUUGAGGAAUUGUGGUUCCAGGCGGCAUCACAGAGUGGAGUCCCUAAAACCCGGCCAUCUGGUCCCAGCCAAGACAAGGGACCACUUCUCUCCAAGGUCUCAGUUAUCAUGGGCGUAUCAGCCAACUUUAAAGAUCGGCAAUCCCCAUUGGAGGAUAUGCUACAUAAAGUGAUAUCCAGUCAAGAAGCUGCUAGCGCAUCGUAUUUGCGAGGAAAUUACUCUGAAAUUUGCGAAGUCCUCAUUGAUGGACUGGUAGAUGCCUCGGACUUGCCGGGAUUCACCGUGCACAACUGUGUCAGGACUAUAUAUCUAUUCACUACAGCAUAUCCCUCUGUCCUCUCAGGAGCAAAUGCGUCUACUUUGCUCCCGUAUCUUAAGAACCCUUCCUCGUCCGAAGAGCUUGCUGUUUCCGAUUAUUUGCUCAAGAUUUUCCGUAUAUCAAUACCCCACAUGCCUAAGACCGCAGUAAAGUUUGGUCAGGAACUACAGCUUGUGUUGCAGCCGAUGAUUGUUAAACCAUCCCACAUUGGCGGAGUCGUAAGCCUGCAAGAAAGUGUAGCUUGCAUGUGCGGAGCAGUGCAGCACCUUACGCACGAUUUUAACCGUCUGGUUGCUCUAGUCAGGUCUUGCAAUGCUCGAUUGCAACAGGCCAUUGCUCGCCCAUCCUCUUACCAAAUGACAGCGGUUGAAAACAGGACAUUAUCCAUUCUCAUAUUUAUUGUCGCUUUACUUGGUGAACACUGCGACUUUGAUCGCCUCCGCGAUGACCAUCCAGAUUUCGUUUUAGAAUUGAACUCUGUAUCUCCCGGACCCAUCGUGGAGCACAUUUACAAGAGUUUACUAGAGUUAUACGAGAAAUACAACGAUGUUGGUCUGAAGGGACGUAUCCUUCAGUGUCUCGGUUUCCUGUUCCGUGCACAACCAACAUUAAUGACGCUGGGGCGGUCCGCUUCCAUCAUGGAUGACAUUUUUCACUCCUCUGAUCUUGAAAGCCGCGGGCGACUGUUGCGCAUCAUGCACGACUUCUUAGUGUCCGAAUCUAUGAAGCACCAUGAGGAGCAGAAAGGAGGCACCAAAGGCAAGCAUGGCGGGGUAGUGGAUAUGGCGGAAUUGGUGGGGAAUACAGAUGGUUUUGCUGACUCCGGUGUCAGCUCAGCCGUUGUUCAACGAUACAUAUCUUCAAUCUUGGAUGCGGCCCUGUCUCAAAAUUCUCAGAUCCAGAAUGUUGCCGUUGACAUUGUCAGCUUCACCAUCAAACAGGGUCUCGCCCAUCCGUUGCAAUCCUUCCCUGUCAUAGUUGCAUUGGAAACUAGUCCAAAUGCCGCCAUCAGUUCACGGGCCAAUGCGCUCCACGCGAUACUCUGGAGUAAACACGCGUCUUUGUUGAAUGCUCGAUAUAUCAUUAGUGCAAGACAGUCGUUCGACUACCAGAAAAAGAUCUCCAUAGAUGCUGUCAAAGGUUACCGAACGCAAACAGAGCCAACGGCAUUGCUUCAGAGAUGGUAUUCUCUCGGCUCUCCUAAAAUCUUUGAUAUCAACCCUUCUUUGAAAUCAUCUCAGGAUGAUGUUGACUUUGCAAGAUACAUGGCAGAGAAUUUUGCCUCUCUUGACUACAGAACACAAGAGGAAGUCAUUACUGUUAUUAAACACUUGACUUCCGUAUUAUCAACCGCCGGCAUGCAAAUGAUCGACCUUCUCUCGCCUUCUCACCUCCUAGCGCAGCUGCACGAUACUCGACCCCUCUAUAAUACACCUCACCACCCACCACUGUCUGACUUUCCUACGCAUUCAAUUGAUCAGGAAACUCCAGUUGCUCCAUCUUCCUCCGCGCUACCUGAGGUGUCCCACAUCGAUGUUGCUGUCAUGAGAAGCUCAAUAACCAUCGGGAUUGUCAUGCUUCUUAAGACCCAUCUUAAGUCUCUUUAUGGGCUUUCAGAAGAGAAAUGUUCUAAAUUUGUGCUCGGCAAGAAGAGCGCUAUCGGUGACAAACCUGCUAUCAGACGUCACCAACUUCCAAUUACGUGGACCCGCCUCCCUUAUACCACUACUUCUCUUGCCCAGGAGCACGACCUGACGGCUCACAGGCUGACGUUCAUUGAAGUUUGGAACGAAGAUGGUGUCACUGCGGAACCUGAAGAUGACGAUGCAUAGAUGUGCUUUAACUGUUCACAGAUUUUUUUCCCACUCGCUAUCAACUUAUUUUAAAUAUCAUCGUACACAUCCCCACUUGUAAUGUAACAUAACAAUGUCACAAGAUGACCUUUAAUUAAUCGAUAUAUU